UAUCACAAAAGGAGAACGAAGUUACCGUCAUUUUGUGUUAAUAUUGUCGGUUAAUGUAUCCAUAUUUUACAGUCUUCUGCGCACGGCAACUUUUAAGUUUCUAUUCCAGCAUAGUGACGAACCGAAAACUGUAAAAAACCGAAAGUGAAACUGAAGCUGUUGUGACGGUGAUGUUGACUCUGAGAUGAGAGCAGCAGAUCCUUUCUGUAAAAUACACGAACCGUUUGACUCCUUUUCUCUAAAUUGUCUUCAGACCUUAAGGUGGUUUAUUGACAGUGUGAAAUGUAUGCUAUGUAUGGAAGGAUCUGCAGUGUUUUCUCACCCCUUAAUAUGAGAGACCACUACUUUGGAAUGAGAGGCCUCACCAACUACCAUCUGUCCUGCUGUGUCAACACUUUGCUGCAGACCUUCUCUGCUACCUGGGAAAUAGGAGACCUACUAGACAAGUGGGAAGCAGCUAGUGAGAGAGCGGACAGCAUCCCCCUGCAGCUAAAGAGAGUUCUCGCGGCCAUGAGGAGUGACUGCAAUCAGCCCGUUCCUCAUCGUGACUUCCUCCGCUCUCUGGACAGGAACUGUUUUCGACUUAAUACGCAGCAUGAUGCUGAUGAGGUGUUUCUCUCCAUCCUGAACUUCAUGCAACAGCAGAUGGAUGACAAACCUCUGGCUCUUGAAAUCCAGAAUCUGUACAAGAUUUCUGUGGAGACGUACCUGCAGUGUUUAGAGUGUGCCUCCUUCCAGACUCUGACCAGCUACCUGCUCAGCCUGCCUCUGCAUGUAAAGGAAGAUCACGAUUCUCUGGAAGACUGCAUGACCUCCUUCUUUGAGCAUCAGGAGCUAAAGGGCAUAAAUUGCUGCUUUUGUGCAGAAUGUGGAAAGAAGACUCCAUCUAAACAGGGUGUCAAACUGCUAUCCCUGCCUCGGAUCUUGUGUGUGCACCUGAAAAGGUAUCGGAAUGGCGGUGGUUUCACCCGAAAACUUGAUUGCAGGGUUACCUUUCCAGAAACCUUUGACUUUUCUGAGACCCUUAAGGAAGCAUUCUCUACAGACUUUGCCCAGAAUGACUGCAAGUACACAUUGCAUGCAGUGGUAGUGCACUCAGGAAAUGCAAUGUGUGGGCACUAUACUGCCUACGUUCGUACAGGGGGGGACCAGGGCUGGUACUACGCAGAUGACAGCCACGUAAAACAGUCCUCCUGGGAAGAAGUGCAGACAACAUAUGGAGGACAUCACAGAGGCACAGCAUACAUGUUAAUGUACAGAAGAGGCUCAAAAGAGGAGGUACAACAACCUGAACUUUCUGGCUGAGUGGAUGGAUGCAGAUGAAUUAUACCUGGGGUCAUGGUGCAAUAUUGGAUUAAUAUGGAAACUAUUGGAAUUUUAAGGAAUAUAAACACGUUUUUGCUUUAAAUAAUGUAUUGAUAUUUUAGAUUUUAUUGUACAUGGUGAAUGGUUUAAUAUUUAAUGAUUUUUUCUGAGCUUGUUCAGAUUGGACAUCAGUAAUUUCUGCCAAACACCAGCAGGUGGCGUUGAAGACUCAACCCACUGACACGGUUUUCCACCCUCAGACCACACACACUGUGAACACACUCUAUGAUACUAGGGGGGUUGGUUUGGAAAGAAUGCUUAGCUUAGAUAUUCACUGUUUGGGGGGGAAUAACUCCUAUUGGAGUUGGUAUUCAUUUCCCUGACACUGCUUUAUAAUAUAUGAGUCACUCAUGAAGAACAAUGAAGUCAUUUCUUUUAUCAUUUUGCCUGCCAAAAAAUCUUCAGCAUCUCACUCUUAUUUUAUGUAUUGCAUUUUCUCACCACCUGCAGACCCUUUAACAUGAUGAAACUGAUUUGGAAUGACACACCUUAAUGUUGUUUUGCUCUUAUUGAUGCAUCAACACCAGCGUGCAUAUCCCGCCACCUGAGUUCAAAAUGAAUGUGCUUUAAGGUACUGAGAAAUGCCUGUUCUGUAUGUAUCUUAAAGUGAAAAUAGGUUCAAGGUCGCAGUUACAGCCAAAGUGCUUAAAUGCUUGGUAUAGGCUGUCUGCAGAGCCUCUUAAGUUCCCACUCGCUUCGCCAAGAGUCUGGGGACCGUGUGAAAUGGUGCGUAUGUGCUGCAGAGCUCUGACAAAAUGGAACAUGUCUGCACAGGGCCACAGGCAGCAGGCCUAAUGCUUAGUCAUCUUGCUGCCAUGCGGCAGAGGCUCAGAUUUAUAUACGGGGGGUAUCUUCCACCCACAUUUACACCAAAGACCAGGGCUCGAUGUUUACAUUGGGUCUAGAUUUGAGUCAGUGUCACAUUGACAUCUCAUCUGUUCCUCUGACUUGUAUAAGUAAGAAGCUGACACUGGAAACAGUCAUAAUAAUAUAGACUGUUGACGUAUACUGAGAAAAAAGUUGCAGUUUUUACACGAUAGCAAAUGUUGAGAUUAGUGGGUAUGGGAUGUAUUUACAAGCAAUGUAAUGCAUUGUUAUUAGUUGUGGAAGACUUGCUCAGAUCAUUCAAUUAAAGCUGCUAUAAUUGAUAUUUUUGAUCUUAACAGUGGAUCAAAUGACAAAAGUGAAAGGGGUCGCUCGUUGUGACGAACUCACAGAGAAUUAUCCCCUAACUGUAGUUCCUCAGCUCAUCAGAGCUUUUUAGCAUCUUUCAGCUCAUAGUUUUGGUUUUCUGGGUUGCAACUUUAUUUCACUCUCACUGCUGUUUUCACCGCAAAAACUUUAAACUCUGGAAUAUCCACUGUAAUGCUACCUGCUCAGCACCAAAUGGCAGACUCAUUUCCAGUAAUAUAAUAAAUUGUGAUAAUAUAACACUUAGAAAGGGGCCAUUAUGCAUGUUGAGUACUUUUACUUUCGACACUUAAGUCCAUUUUAUUGAUACAACCUCUGUACUUUGACCUGAGUACAUAUUUGAAUGCAGUACUUUUACUUGCAAGGAUCUAAAUGUUUCUUCCACCACUGUUGGAUUAUCAUUAUUAAUGCACUAAUGUGUAAGCAGCAUUAUAAUGUUUUAGCUAGUCGAGGUGGAGCUACUUUGUUUAUUCUACAUACUGUUGGGUGGUUUAAUCUAUGUAAUGCAUCAUAUUUUAUUUGUUGACUAAUCUGAAUGUAAUCUGACUAAGGAGGAGCCAGGUACAUGUAGUGGAGUAAAAAGUACAAUAUUUCUCUCACAAAUGUAGUGGAGCAGAAGUAUAAAGUGGAUUAGUAACUUUCCACCACCUUAUAAUACUCAGUGUUUCUAUAAAAGGCACAUUUGGUAUAUGCAUCCCCAUUAUCCAGACUGAAUGUGGACAAGUAGGUCAACUGAAAUUUUAGAACAACAAAGAACGGGUUCUUCUCUUUGUAGGGUUUUAAUCAAUAAUUCAUGUUGUAUGACCAUGUGUUAAGUAGCCUACAUGUUAGACGAGCACCUGUCCAGUACCACCCUGACAAUGACCAAAACGCUAACAAUGCAAUAGCAUGACAUAGGCAGCACACCCCAAGGCCACACGAAUAAAGUC